UUUCCCAGUGUGUCCCCUCCUGCCCUGUCCCGCUAAUCCCUGCACAGGCUCUUGGUGAAGGCGCUCAAGCCAAAGCCUCUCACUGCCGUGUUUGCUCCUGGUGUUUGCCAGGACUGUGCCAUUGGGAAAGGGGGUGACUGGGCUGGAUCUCUGCCCUUCCCUGGGUAGUGGGAUGUCCGACUGCACUUUGAACCCUGGAGGGAGGCUUGGCGGAGGCUGCUGGCUCUCUGCCCACCCCUGACACUCGAGUGGAGACAGAACCGGCUCCAAAGCACCUCUCGCUGUGUUCCCUGUGGGAUAGAGAGUGGGAGUCUGUGGAGCAGGAUGAGGCACCUGCUCUGGGCUGGCUGCUUCCAGCUGCUGCCCUGGCAAGCUGGACCCUGCACUCGCAAGCUGACGACUGCAGUGACCAGUGCAGUGGCUACCUCACACUGCGGCCCGUGGCUCCUGGCUCCUCUGGCCGCCUCCAGCUCCUCACCCAGUGUGUCCAAGGGGUUCCUCCAGCCCCCGAUCCUGGGGAGCAGGGCCCCUUGCUGCUGGGGCUCACAGUUCAACGUGCCUCCCAGUGCCCUGCUCGUGGCCCGGCCCGUGGGGGUCUGCUCCAUGAUGAGACUCCCCGUACAGGCGUCGGCGCAGGGACUGGACGCGGCGUUUGUCGGUGUCCCGCUGGACACAGGUACAUCCAACCGGCCGGGAGCCAGGUUCGGCCCACGUCAGAUCCGCGCGGAGUCGGCCAUGGUGAGGAGGUACAACGGCAGCACCGGGGCUGCGCCUUUCGACUCCCUGCGGGUCGCUGACAUCGGGGACGUGAAGGUGAACCUCUACAACCUGCCCGACAGCUGCCGCCUCAUCCGAGAGUCCUACCAGGAGAUCGUGGCCUCUGGCUGUGUGCCCCUCACCUUGGGUGGAGAGCACACCAUAACGUACCCAAUCCUGCAGGCCCUGGCAGCAAAACACGGUCCCGUGGGCCUGGUGCACGUGGAUGCUCACACGGACACCGGGGACGUGGCCCUGGGGGAGAAGAUCUACCACGGGACCCCGUUCCGGCGCUGUGUGGAGGAGGGACUGCUGGACUGCGGGCGCGUGGUGCAGAUCGGCAUCCGAGGCUCCUCCUACGACCCCGAUCCCUACGAGUACAGCCGGCAACAGGUGAGGGGAUCCACAGCCGGGCACUGCCUGCCAUGA